AUGGUGCCGACCGACAGCGAGGACGCGCUGGCCAAGGCCGUGGCGAACCAGCCGGUGUCCGUAGCCAUCGACGCGGGCGGCCAGGCGUUCCAGUUCUACUCGGAGGACGUGUUCACCGGCAACUACGGCAUGGACCUGGACCAUGGCGUCGCGGCGGUCGGCUACGGCGUCAGCGACGACGGCACGGCCUACUGGAUCGUCACCGGCCUCUGCGGCUACAUCCGGAUGCAGCGCGGCACCGGCAACGGCGGCCUCUGCGGCAUCGCCAUGGAGGCAUCCUUCCCCAUCAAGACCUCGCCCAACCCGGCGUGCAAGCCCCGACGCGCGCUCAUCUCCGUGCCCGCCAUUGCUGCGCUCUGCUGUGGUUGGAGAGUAACUCUACCUUAUGUUGGUGCAAGGUGA